AUGGCGUCGAGCACCGGGCCCAUCUUUGAUGAGGCCCAAUAUCGCGCCGAUGUCCUCCACCACCCCUCACCCGAAUCCGAAGCAGCGCAGGCGCAGCAGCUAGCUGAAGAAGCUCAACAGCUGGGUCUUCAAGUGUCAAAGAUCGAAGCAUCUGCGCCGCUAGCUGCCUCGAUUGCAUUAGGAAUGGGCGAUCGUACCUCCCCAAACCUAUCUUCUGGAUCGUCGACAGAUCGGAAUUCCGCGUGCGGCUCCGUUACUCCGUCCCACGACCCAUCCUCGCCGGUGUCAUCCGUGCUCGAUCAGAUCGUUGCGUCGCUGUCGGAUAUCACACUUGCCUCAGAUCGAAUGAAGCCUGGCAGUACGCGAUCACUUGCUUCGCUCUCUACGCGCCCGACUUCAUUUUGCUCUAGUGAGGGGAAAACGGGCCUUUCCGGGCCCGGAUAUAAUGAUCCAUUUGAAGCCAAGUCGCAUCGGCAUUCAAUUCUCAGUGUCGCCUCUGCGGACAAGAAGGAGAAGCGACGCACAAGCUUGAAGUCUGCCAUUGGUAGAAUCCAUUUCCGCAAGAAGCGCACAUCUUCAGCCGUUUUGCCCUCGGAUCCGCGCAUGACUGUACCCAACGGCGAUAAAGGCUUUGAACAUGUUUUCUUCGAACCUACGCCGGAAAUUAAUCGUGCGGUCCAAGAGAAUGUUCCACCCAAUGCGAACAGCGAGGCAUCACUUCCCAGGCUGGCCAUCCCUCUGUUCAGCAAAGAGAUGUUACAAAGAAGCCUGGACGAUCCGGAGUUAAGUGAGAUGCACGAGCGGCAUCAGAUGGAAAGGAACCGACAUCUCGCUUUUCAAGACGCCGCUCUAAGUACCCUCCGGCGUCGGCACCAGACCGCUAUCUCGGAGCAGCAGUCUGACAACCAGCGUCGGGAGGAUGAGAAACGCGAGCAGAACAUCGAAGCUAUAACCAAAAUUGAAGAGCGACAACUGGCGGUGGAAAUCGAACAGCAACGCGAUUUCGAUAGAGCAAAAUUGAAUUCGCGCACUCGGAUCAAGCACAUGGAGGGGUUCCUCCGCAAUUCUAGCCCACCACCAUCCCCCGCCGGAACUUCGACCAGAACAUCGACCGGAGCCGAACGAUGCUCGGAAUCAUUCUCGGAAUCGGAAUCCACUCCCCCAGCCCGUGUGCUCACUCGCCAACACAUGGAGCAGCUAGAACAACAAUACCACUCCCACAAAAGCAUGGACCAGCUGCAUGACGCCCGCAUCAAAGUCCUGCGUGACCGCCAAGAACUCAAGCUGCAGGAAGCCACAGCGCGUAUGGAAAAGGAACUGGUAGAAAUGUGUAACCGACACAUCCAGGUUGUUGCUACCUUACAAGCCGAGCACCAACGAGAAGAAGCCUCUCUCAUGCACGCCUUGGAUACGAAAAAGACGACUUUGCGGCACCGCUGGUACUUGGAAGAGGCUGUCCUACGUCGCCAUCUUGAAGCACGACAUGGCCAAUCAUAUGGUCCUUUGCCGCCUCUUGCUUUCACAAACCCCAACACCCCGAUUGCUGUCACAGGCCACUCACCACUCGAUACUUCAACCCCGGAUACAAUCCAUCCCAGCCAGGAUCAUAGGCCUCUUUAA